GCUGGAACCCAGGAGCAACCUGCCAAGGACGUAGCCUUGGAUAAAAGGCUCUUGCCUGCAGCAGCUUGUUUACUGUAAGGUUCAGACUUACCCUGUUUGUUCCCCAUAAUGGGCUGCACCUUUCCGUUCAGCUCUGCCACACAACGCUUGCUGCAGCUGGAUGAGGAGCAGCUCGAUCAGUGGAAGUACGCUUGGCGUAUAAGGCCCCAGUACCACCACAGUGAGCACAGCCUGAGCCCAGUUGGCCAGGGAUGCCAGAACAGCCGCUUGGAGCCACUGGAGUGCCGGGAUCUGCUCGUCCAGAAUGCGCUCUUCACUGGGGACCUGGAGAUGGUGCAGAAGUACUUCACCAAGAGUGCAGCCAUCAAUCUCAUCAUUGAGACAAAGGGAGAUGAGCUGCGCUGGACUAGCAGGAAAUUUGUGCCAAUGGCUCAGGUGGAACUAGCAAAUGGAGGUGCAGUGCUGGAGAUGUGCAAGGAGCCAAGGGCUGGACAAAGCAUCACAGGCAGAGGAGACAAGAGUCAGGAGCCCAUUUGCACGCGGAAGGCGGAUGGCUCUGCCCAGGUCUACUGGCAGGCCCUGCUGACUGGGGAUGAGGGGACUGUGGCCGAGAUCCUCAGCGACCUUCAAAACGACCUGAGUCCCAAUGCUGUGUUUGACACAAGUGACCUGGAAGAGUGGAAAAACUACCGCUUCAACUUCCGUCGGCUGACGCCGCUGCACAUCACAGCCAGCCGGGGCUACACAGACUGCCUGCAGCUCCUGCUGCUCAGGGGUGCUGCCGUCAACUUUGCACCAGGGGGUAAGACUGCCCUGCAAGGGGCUUGUGCAGCAGCCAGUACAGACUGCGUGCGCCUGCUGCUCAGGUUUGGUGCUGACCCUGAGGCUGUCUCUGAGGAUGGCUAUAAGCCCCUGCAUCUCUGCAAGAGCCCAGACUCCAUCGAGUGUGUCCAGCAGCUGCUGCAGCAUGGCGCCAGUGUGAACAGUCGGACAGAGGAGGAAGAUGACACAGCACUGCACAUAGCAGCACGGCAUGGCCUAACAGACCAUGUCCAGCUGCUUCUGCGCUAUGGGGCAGAGCUGGAGGCAAAGAAUGAGGAAGGGCAGACACCACUGAAUGCUGCCUGUGCUCAGCCCCAUCAACCCCAGGACAUGGACCGCUACUACCAGGUCUGCCAGCUGCUGGUGGAGAGUGGUGCUAGCAUCAAUGCGGCAGAUAGGGACCGUCAGCACCCACUUCACCUGGCCUGCAAGAAUGCCAAUGCUCAAGUAGCAGAGUUACUGCUGGCCUGGGGUGCAAAUGUCAAUGUCAUGAACUACAGUGGCAACACGGCACUGCACAAUAUCCUGCAAGCAACUGCCUACAAGCUAGAGCACCACCCAGAGCUUGUGGUGCGAGCCCUGCUCAACUACGGUGCCAUUCGCAUAUGGCCUGGCUCCCUCCUCAAGGUGCUGCAGUACUGCCAUACCUGCCCGCGUGUCAUUGAGGCCCUGAUGAACAGCUAUGAACACGUGCGUGUCACUGAGGACUGGGUAGAAGCGGUUCCCGCAGAGGUUGUACAGAAAUACCCACAUUUCUACCAGUCACUUUUCUCCCUGGAGCAAAGACCUCGCUCCUUGCAGCACCUGGCUCGCUGCACACUCAGGACCUUCCUGGAGGGCCGGUUGCUUCUGGUCCUGUCUCAGCUGCACCUGCCAAGUGCCUUGCACCGUUUCCUGCUGCUCAGCUUCGAGGACAUCCUCUACUAAGGGCUGCGGUUCCAGUCCUAUUGUGUCUUUCUGUGCAGAUGUUCCACCCUUGUCGGUGCAGUCUGUGCCUUCCUAGCUAACCCCUUCCCCUUGCACACUUCCUGCUAGGCCACAUCAGCCCCCCAUGCCAAACCUGUCACUGUGUUCCUGUCCCAGCCAGGCUUGUGCUCUGCUUCAUGCACCUAUUUUGGAGCAUUCUGUUUACCCAUACUAAUCAGGACAAUCUCUAGACUCAUGAAAAAAAGCAAGAGAUGGGGAUUAGGGCGUUUUGUGGGACAAGGAGCAAAUACACUGCACUGAUCACAGUUCUGAUUGUAGGGUAUCAGUCUCCCUAUCCCAAAUCUACAAACUCAAACCUGAACCAGGCAGCCCUGGUGCCCUGGGCAUUUGUUGGGAUCCUGUCUUCAGUCGUUUACAGUUUGUACCCAAAGGUGUUUGGAACAAACCCUAGUCUUUCUCUAUAUGUACCAGAAUACAACUUCUACCUUGCCUUGAAGACUGUCCUGACAGAGGUCAUCCAUGAGACAUGCCAUGCAUAGUGGCAUGUGCACUCUCAGACCUAUGCGUCCAUCUGUUUCUCAGAGGACAUGGGGGAAUGUGUGGUAGGUAUGGGGCUGAGGCCUCCCAGACAAACACUUCCCAUGCAGGUACAAUGUCUGGGGUUGCCUGGCCUUGCAGCUUGUGGCAGGACAGCAGUGCUUGUGCCAGCACUGAGGACUUUGAUGUGGGGCGAGGAGGAAGCAUGCCCUGAGAAUGCCGGUCCCCUGGGUACAGAGCAGCCAGCCCCUGUGACAGCCCAGCUAGCAUCUACCAGAGCACAGUACAGGUCCACACACUGCUGCCUUGGCUGCACCACGCUCUAGACAAGGUAAAGGGUAACAUUUGUUUCUGCAAUUUAAAGACACAGUUGUAAAGAAAUCAAAGCACUAACCAUCCUUUAAAGAUUUGCUGUGAGCUAACCCCAGUCCUGCUUCUGUUUCAAGCAGUGCCUGAACUGCUGCUGGCUGGCAGAAGGUACACUAGGGCAGCACUGCAGUUUGGUCCUCUUGGUGCACUAGUCUUUCAGGGCCUCUGUUAAUGUCCACAUCAGCGCCAGGACACUGGAACACACAGAUCUGAAGGCUAAGCAGACUCAGUGCUUCUGUCUUUUUCUGCCUCUGUCGGGACACAGGGUGUAGCUCUGCUCCCCUAAUUAUCACCACCUUACACAACUAGACCAUGCUGCUCUGAAAUAGCAAGCUUGAAAUAGCUGUGUGAGGUUCAGCAUGCCAUUCCUAAUGCACUCUCACCAGCGAUGCACCACAGCAUGAAUGCUAACAGGAUACAACAGGAAUGUGUUCACAUGUUACAGGCUUACAAAAGGCGUCAGGAAACCAGUUGUGGCAGCCUGUGUGUGUGUGCUGGUACUACUAUUGCGGUGUAGAGAUGGUAUAACUCAAAAAGGUUUAACAAUGUGCUUUAUGACAUCCAUGGGCAGAGAGGUGAGGUGUUGGCUCAUGGUGACGUACCAAGACUAUCCGCAAAACAGAGAUGAAGGGAGCAGGAGAGUCAAAGCUUUUAAAAUACCUGGAUAAUGGCCCCCACUCUUACCAGGCAUCAGUAGUGUGUUUUCCUUGAACCAGAGCUGGAACCCAGCCUGAAGUCACCACCUUCCUGCUGGCUGUGCUCGCGUGUCUGUUCAGGGUGAUCUGUUUAUGGGAGCAGGUCCUGUAGUCUUGCUCCCAAAUUGUAAUCACCACUUCAUAGUCUUCAUUUUUAGCCAGAUCAUGUCUGUGACUAGGGGAGGAGCUGAAAAAGGAGGGUCUGUCCCUUUUGGUGGCAGCACAGUCUGGAAUUGCUUAGCCUGAAUGGCUAUCUUUGGUAUGAAGGCAGUCUGCAGAGAGUACAUGUGGGGCUGUUUUACCAGUCCUUCUUCUUUCCAGCACUGUCCAUAUGCCUGCAAUAACAUAUGUUCAAUAAUGUGUACUCAGCCACUAAGAUAAUAUCACCUUAAGGACAGGGAAGGAUUGAAUUUAAUGGUUUGCUUUAUUUUGUAAUUGUUUCUUGCAGCUGUUAGACUUAAAGCCACGGCUCAGGUCUUGCUGAUUACUUUUGCUAGUUCUGAAGUCUGUUCUGCAUUUGGGUGAUGAGGGCAGCUCAGUUGAAGGAGGUGAACCUGCAGUGUUUUGUUUCUGCAAACACAGCAGCAUGCAGUGCCACUACAUACAUGGGCAGGCCAACUCCUGGCACUGCCAGUUCCUCUUUGGACAAAGGCGUCUUGGCAUAGACAGGCAUCUGUUGUAAUGAAGGACCCAUGCUGGGACUGCAGGUGAAUUUCCAGGGUUCCUUUCAGAGCUACCAGGUUUGCAGGCAGGGGAUCCCAGCGUAAGUGGGAGGGCUGAGGUCAGGCAGGUGGCUGAGAGGGGCAAGCCAUCCCUGGGCACAAGUCUUCAUGGACUAGAUUUCAUCUGUGUUCCCCCUGAAAUUAAAAGGGUAUGAUUUCAUUGUGUGUAAGGAUACUAAUGAGUAACAUUUUCAAGCAAUGUGAGGCUAGUAGGAAAAGGGGAGCAUCUUCUACAGAUUGACUGAUUUAACUGGGGGAAAAAACCAACCCCCCCAAAAAAAACCCACCAGAAAAGCUUUUGGGCACUCAAGCCCUUUUUCAGAACUGAAACAAGGAGAAAAGUUCAAGCUAAGUGCACGCUGAGAACAAAUGCUCUGAGUUUAACUCAGUUAUGCUAAUCGAUUAGAAAUUGAUUUUUAAAAACAUAUACAAGAACAGAAUUAAAAAGGUUUGAUGUUCCAGAGCACAUUUUGACAAUAUAACAAGCUGUGCUACUUUUUCUAAAGGGGGAAUUUCUAGUGCAGCAUUGAAUGUAUUUGCUGGGACAGGAGUUAUUCCAGGGAAAUUUAGCUGUCCUAAGUGUGAGGGCUAUGAUCUCAACCGAGGACGGCAAGCAUGUGACAUUAUUAGCACAGGGGCAUGUGGUUCUGAUGUGUUUUUAUCAACUGCCACAGGCAGCUGCUGAUUGCCAGUGUCCCAGGCUCACUGGAAAUGUCUCUUGGGCACAUGCUGUUGUUCCUGCUUCAGCAUCCACCUGGGUUUUUGGGCAGAGCAGUCAGAAAGAGACACCCUCAUGACUGGCUGAAGUAUUGUGAGUCCACUGCCACGUUCUCAGUGCGGCUGUCCAAGUGGGAGUGAUGUGCUCAGGGGGAAUAAAAAUGCAUCCCAUUUCUAGACAGAAGUUUCCAUCCUAGCUGCAGCCACUGGGUCUUACUCUGACCCUCUCUGUGCAGUCAAGGCAUUGCCUAUUCCUAGUAUCCCUUUCUUUUAACUGAAAGAUCAACUCCUGGAGGCUUCCCAGCCUUGAAUAUCUGCUCGACUCUUACUUGAUCUUUCCUGUUCCUCAGUAAAGAGCAUGACGUGCCAUAAUGGGUGGACUAGUAAACCAUAAUGGUACUUAUAGAAGGGUACAAGGACAAAGCAAGUAUAGAAAAGCCCUUCCCUAGGAUGUCCAUCCCCACCCCUGAGCUCUGUAAAUUGCAUUUCAGGUAUUUUUAAGUCAAAAGGGCCUCUUUGUAGGGGGCAGAUGUAGAGAUUUUUUUUUUCUUCCAUAAAUUUGAACAGUCACUUUUUGGACUCAUGUAUGUUUGAGCAUUCUGAUAUCCUUGUGGCAAGGAUAACUUAAUUGCAAAUUGUAUUGAUCACCUCCUUUUAUUUGUCUUUACGCUGACACCUUCUUGUUUCAUUUGAUGCCUUUUAACUCCUGUAUUCUAAGAAUAUGCGGGCAACUAUAGUCUAUUCGUCUUCAUCAUACUAUUCAAAACCAUAUAGAUCCCUGGCAUUUCUCUCCUUACUCGGGCUGGAAUUCUAUUCAACUGUGUCAUUCCCUGCGUGGAAGCUGUCACCGAACCCUUAACCACAAGCACAGGCUUUUCCUGUCCCUUUACUAAUUCUAGUGCACCACUUUGAGAUGAAGGGACUAGAACUGCGCACAACAUUCAAAAUGUGGUUGCGCUAUGAUUGUGUAAGAGUUAUUCUUAGCUGUGUGGAUGUGAAAUCUACACAAAUGUCUCAGGAACCUUAGAUUCAUAUUUGACAUUACUUGAUUAUUUACACAGUCCGGGAGGAUGGCCUUGGCAGUGAUGCCCUUCCAUUCAGCACGUUUUGUUUUCAGAUGGCAUAUGUUGCAACCUCUAAAUGUUUUUCAGACUCAUUACUGUCCAGGGUUGCCAUCCCUGUUUUAAAAUGAAGCUCACAUUCUUCUUUCCUGUAUGUUGCACCUUAUACUUAGACAUAACAAAACAGGUUUUUCAUGAACCUGGUGUUUCAAGCAAUUCAGAUUAGGUUGUCUUGGGCAAGUACCACCUGUUACUUUUACCAUCCCAACAAUUCAUUUUUAUCUACCCCAAUAAUUUUACCAGCAUUUUUUUUUAUUUUCUCCCUGAUUACUAAUAACAUAUAGCAUUGGUACGUGAAUAGAAUACACUUAGAAAUACAUCUAUCAAAUGGCUAUAUAGAAUAAGUCUUCUCAGUUACCCAAUUUUUCAAAUUUGUUAAUACUAAUCACACUGACUGUAGCAUACAGCUAAUUUUUCUUAUUAGAAUGUCAUGCAGAACUAAGUCAAAUGACUUACAGGAGUCUAAGCAUGCCUAGUUAGCUCUAUCAAACUUGUAGGCUUACAAACAUUACAUAAAAUUAUUUGAAAGUACCUAUUUCAAAUGACAUUAAUUUGAAUGACAGUAAUUUGGGUUCUAGCUUUUACUAAUUUACCUAGGACAUCCUUUGGCUGCUUGUCUGUGAUUGCUUGGGAUGUAUGUUGAACUAACUGCUCUGUAGUUUCUUGGAUAUUUGUGUGAACACAUUUAAAUACUGGCAAGACAUUGGAUUUUUUUUCCCCCCCAGUUAUCUUAAGUUCCCCAGUGUGCCAUGAUUUGUUAUAAAGAAAAAAAUCAAUGGUUCAGUGAACUCGUUAGCCAAUUAAAUACUCUUGGAUGUAAGUUAUCCUCCUGCAGAUUAUAAAAAUUGUUACUUAAACAGUUUCUCUUUAGCAUCUUCCUUAACUACUGAUGGAAUAGAAAGUAUUCCAUUACCACUGUAAAAUAUGAAUAUUAUCCAUUGUUGUUCCAAAUACAGAGCAGAAAUAUUUAUUGAGUUCUUGGUUUUCAUUAUGCAGAAUGUGUGUUUACACACAGAAACCUGGGACAGGUGCCUAGAGACUGCAAUUCUUUGGAUUCUUUGCUUCUGAGGCAUCCUGCUCUAGGGUUGACAUUUUAAAAAAAUUGAGAAAUUGGAGAGGGUUCAAGAGAACAGCCAUAAGUGAGCUGUGGAUUGCCAGUGAUUCCUGGCAGUGGGAAUUUCGGAGAGGUGGUGGUUGGACACACCACGGUCAAUCUUUGGAGUCCUGUGUGCAGUUGUAGGUGCCUGUUCUUCGGUCCUGGAUUUACAGAGCAGGAAGGGUUGACAGCAGUCUUCCGCAAAGCACUGUGGGCAUGUGGGCUAAACACACUCUCCAUCGCCACGCUGACAUCCAUUGCUGGUCCUCAACUGCGCCUUACCAAACUUCCUGAGGGGCAGGCUGCAGAGUUUAUUCAGCAUUGCCAGUUCUUCUGACUGGCACUUAGAGGUAAAACUAGAUCCAGUGGCUGGAAAUUGAAGCUGGGCAAACACAUAUUAGAAAUGAGACACAUUUUUAAUAGCAAGGGUAAUUAAUCUACUAGUUAAUUGCAUCUUAGAAUAGCUUAUUAUGGUGGAUGUAGAUUUCUCAUCUCUGGCUUUUUUAAAAAUCACUGGAAGAUCAGCCCUAGCCCAGACCAGAAUUCACUUCUGCGUGGUGCUUAGCCCAAGUCCCAAAGAGAUCAGACUGUUUAAUUACUUAUCUAUGAUCCGUAGUCUUGUCACUCUUCCACAUUGGUCUACCACUGGCCUCUGUCACCGCUGGGACUGCGUUUGGCCCCAGGGUAAUGUAAGAGUUUCAUGUUUCCCUUAACAGCGCUGCUCACUUUACUGAUACUUCAUUGAUGUCUCUGACUUCCCCUUAGUUUCUUGCAUUUUUUAACUACUGGUUUGUACUGGCUCUAUCAGCUUCCUUGCUCUGAAUUUGCUGCCUGCGCUGGUUUCUGAAAAAGACAUUCUGAAAUAAAUGCUGAUGCUAGUUUAUAAUUUUAUUUAAA